UUAAAAAUUCUUAAUAAUGACACAAUACAUGGUUUCAAAUUACUCGCAAGUGAAGUUAAAAUACUGUGUUAUGCUGACGACAUAGCAGUCUUCUGUGGCGAUAAGGAAAGCGUUAAGGAGACCGUUAAAGAAGCAGAACUUUUUUGCUCGCUCACAGGCAGUAUGAUAAAUUGGAACAAAUGUUUAGGCUUCUGGCAUGGGCCGUGGGAAAACACAUUAGAUUAUUUUGCUAACAUGAAAUGGACCGUGACACCUGUCAAAUAUCUCGGAGUGCCCUUAGAACAUUAUCGCGAUACCACGCAAUACUGGAACGAGGAAACCAAACGUGUUAGGGAGCAAACCGAUAAAUGGGGUGGGCGGGAUUUCUCCGUUUUCGCGCGUGCUACAGUUUGCAAUGUGUUUUUAGUCGCGAAAGUGUGGUAUGUUCUUCAAGUGCUUUGUAUGUCUCGUACCAACGUGCAGAAGUUGCACAGAGUCUUUGCAGUGUUCGUGUGGCGUUCAACAUGGGAAAGAUGCCGCAGAACUAAUUUAUUUCGAUCAGUCCGAAGCGGCGGACUCAGUUUAUGUCAUUUAUUUCUCAAACAAGUUGUGUCAAGAUUUAUUUUUUUGCGCGACCAAAAUAACGGAUUUCUGCGAACAAUUUUACAAUUGCGAAUGAGUGAUGUAAUUCCUGAAUAUGUUGUAUCAAAUGUCACAAAAAAAGGGAGUAUUCGCGGCUUUCUUCGUGAGGUCGUUAUGUCUUUUCGAAUGCUAAAAGUGAGAUUCUCAAUGGAGUACCUAAGUAAUGUACCAAAAAAGCGUAUAUACAGGGAUCUGAUUGAUAUUAUGUUGCCAGUGCCCAUAUAUCGUGCCAUGUAUUGUGUAGGCUCGGAAGGAGACGUGUUGAAACGUGUUAAAAGAAUGGCAGUCCGCUCCUCAGUUAAGACGUUCUUCUUUCAGCUCCAUACCAAUACCUUGCCUGUCAAACCGUGGUUGCAAGAGAGAGGACGGUUCGUACCGUGGUCAGUUAAUUGUCUCAUUUGUUCAAAGCCUGAGACAAUCGAACACAUUUUCUUAGAGUGCAGGGAUGCAAUAUUCCACUGGGAUGUUUUACAGAGAACACUGAAAAAAGAACUCCCCAUAUCACCCUACGGUAUCCGCUUUCUCCCAGUUGAAAAUGAAAACGACGUGCCCUAUGACAUGAUCAUGACGCUGAGCCUACACAGCAUAUGGAAAACACGAAUGGCCGUACGAAAUGCUGAUGUGGACGCCAAACCAGCCAGACAAUAUUUUAUUGAAAGUGUUUCACAAAUAAGAGACGUGUAUAAAUCUCAGGCUGAACCACCAGAGUGGUUACCUGUACUGGAAACCCUGGUGACCUUAAAGCGUUUUUGA